AUGGGGCUCCGGCGCGGCCCGCUCUUCUGGCGGCUGCUCCUGCUCGCGGCUGCCUGCUCUGGGAUCCUCUUCGCCCUGUACUCCUCGGCGGUGCCGCGGUACCUGGAGCCCGGGUCCGAAGCCAGGGACACCACGUCAUCUCAAGCAUUCUUUGGACUCAAGGCAUCGAAUUCUAGGACCAGAAAGAGCCGGUCCUGCCAAUACCCACUUCACCUGGCCGUUCAGCGGCACCCCCACUUCCGGAGGCUGUUUGAUCUCUCCACUCCAGUGCUGCUGUGGGGGGGCCUCUUCACCCCAGAGCUCUGGGACAGCCUGAGCCAGCACAAAGCCCCCUACGGCUGGCAGGGGCUCUCUCGCCAAGUCAUCGCCUCCACCCUGAGCCUUCUGAAUGGCUCAGAAAACGCAGAGCUGUUUGCCACGUCCAGGGAGCCACCUCCAGGCUGCAUCCGGUGCGCCGUGGUGGGUAACGGAGGCAUUCUCAACGGGUCCCGCCAGGGUGCGAACAUCGAUGCCCACGACUAUGUGUUCAGGCUCAACGGCGCUGUGAUCAAAGGCUUCGAGCGCGAUGUGGGCACCAAGACUUCUUUCUACGGUUUCACUGUGAACACGAUGAAGAACUCCCUCAUCUCCUACUGGAGUCUCGGCUUCACCUCUGUGCCGCAAGGACAGGACCUGCGCUACAUCUUCAUCCCCUCAGACAUCCGCGACUACAUGAUGCUGAGAUCGGCCAUCUUGGAUGUGCCUGUCCCCGAGGGCCAUGAUAAAGAGGACAGGCCUCACACCUAUUUCGGACCGGAAGCCUCUGCCAGUAAAUUCAAGCUGCUACAUCCGGACUUCAUCAGCUACCUGACAGAGAGGUUUUUAAAAUCAAAGUUGAUUAACACAAAUUUUGGAGACCUAUAUAUGCCUAGUACUGGGGCCCUCAUGCUGCUGACAGCUUUGCAUACCUGUGACCAGGUCAGUGCCUACGGAUUCAUCACAAGCAACUACCGGAAAUUUUCUGACCACUAUUUCGAACGAAUAAAGAAGCCAUUGAUAUUCUACGCAAACCAUGACCUGCUCCUGGAAGCCGCCCUGUGGAGGGACCUGCACAAGGCCGGCAUCCUUCAACUGUACCAGCGCUGACCCCAAAGCACCAAGCCCGUUGCUUCUUGAAGGAGCUGUGGCCUUGGUCCCCUCAAGUGGCCAAACGCCUUUAACUUUUCGGCCCCCCUUGUUCCUAACACGGGGCACUGGGGUAGAUUUGUGACUAUCACCAAGGCCAGUCCAAUGCAGGACACCCUAUCCUGUCCUUGGCUCAUCCAAGAAAACUCUCCAGGUCUGAGACAGACAUCCCAACCUUGACCAAGGGAAGAGGGACUGCUUUGCUGGGUUUGUACCAGGCGACUUUAGGAACAUCAGCAGAGCAACUCGGGGCCUGCUGGUUGACCACGAUGAAGCAGCAGUACAGGCAAACACACAAGCCCCAGCCCACUAGUGUGUCAAACCCGACACAAAGAAAGGCCAAAGCAAUUCAACUCCAGGACACCUCCUAAGAGCCUUUCUGAGAACACGAUAGACUUCUGUCCCCCGGUAGUGGGAGAAAAGGCAGAAUGUAAUGAGACUAGAUAACUGCAUAAAUGAUGGA